UAACCGCCAAUAAAAUCUAAAGAAGAAGAAGAAGUUUGGGUGUGGUUGGAAUUGCAUCUGUGAAACGAAAGCGUAUUAACCUGCAUGUUAAAACGUGCACAUCGAAAACACAUUUCCAAAGAAGUACAAAGGUAAAUAAAUAAUAAUAAUGUAUUAUUAGUCAGAGCAACCUCUUCAGGACUUCUCAUGGAAGUCCUCGUUCUCCUGUUGAUCUGCUUUUCUGCAGGGGAAGCUCUUAACGUGAGGGCACUGGUCGGUGACGACGUCACUCUGUCUGUCGAUACUCAGACGUCGUCAGACAUCAGCGAGGCUAUAGUGGAGUGGUCCAGGACAGACCUGAAUCCUGAUAUUGUCCAUCGGCAUGAAAACCGUCGGACCAUUUAUGAACAUCAGAAUCCGGCAUACAGAGGCAGGACGAUGCUGUCAGCAGAAGAUCUGGACAGGGGAAUCAUCUCCCUCAAACUGUCAAACGUCCGACUGGCCGAUGAGGGGAACUACACCUGCCUGUUCAAGUCCACAGAAAACAUGUACUCUGUCCAUCUCCUUGUAGGUGCAGCCUCCUCCCCAGUCAUAACCCUGGAGGAAGUCAAGGGUGAGGUCCUGGUUCUGGGCUGCCGGGCUAAAGGCUGGUACCCACAACCAAAGCUCUCCUGGUGGACAACUGAAGGAGCCCUCCUGCCCGCUGUAACCAUGCCUGCAAACCAAGAAGAAGACCGACUCUACAACAUUUCCAGCACCCUGGUGGUGGAGAGGAAGAGUCCGAACAGACACCUCAUCUGUAGAGUUCAUCAGGAGCUCUUCAACCAGACCAGGGAGACAGAGAUACACCUUCCUGAGAACUUCUUUCCAGGUUUGGUCCAGCCAGGUCGAACUAGCGAUGGAUUGUUUGCUGUUGUGGGUGUGCUCCUUUUGGUGACUAUGGUGAAUUUGGGGAUUUGCCUACAGAAACGUUCGUCAAAACUCCCAAAACGAGAUGCAUAGGAGGGUUGUGUCGGGCCAAUAUGAAGAUUUGCGAUCCUUAGACAGAAUCACACAAGCUGCCACCGCCAACUAUCUGCUAUUGCUCGCUAUGUGUCCCUUGCUAGCUGCUACUGCCCAAUUUGUGCCUCUAGCUGGCUGCCACUGCUCGCUAUGUGUCCCUUGCUAUUUGCUACUGCCCACUUUGUGCCUCUAACUAGCGGCUACUGCUCGCUAUGUGCGUCUAAUGGCGUUUUUCCAACGGCGGGUGCGUUUAGGCCCAGUACGAUUUAGGUCUGGUAGUGUAGGUGGAGGUUAGGCACAGCCCCGUUGCGGCUCGCGUUUCCACCGCCGACAGUACACUUUAUGGUAGGGUGGGGUUUAAGCCGGAUGGCGAUAGCCGCGGUAGCUACGCAAGCAUCGUGAAGCAUCUGUCGACCAAUCAACGGAAGGCGUGUGUAGCUCGAACUUUUUGGCUCCCUUUUAGGCCGCUUGGUGUCCCAACGGAUGAGCACUGAGAGAUAAGUAGGGCUAAUCGCGGCUAAGUCUGGACUCCGCACACUUUUGCCGUUGGAAACGCGAACCGUUCCGCACCUAUUCUUACCUAACCGCACUGCUUCCACCGCUGGAAACGUGUCAUAACUAACUUCUACUUCCAUCUUUAGAUGCUUUCCCACAUACACGUAAGUCCUGCUAUUCUCCCGCUAUUCUAUGUGUGAAAGACCUAUCCUGACUUUGGUAUCCUGAAAAACUCCGGAAAAAUGAACACCUGUGGUAGUAUUUUAUCCGUGGGUAAUGUCAAUGACCUUAUAUUUGAAUGAGGAAUAGAAAGUCUGUAUUUCUCCCACCACUUGCAUGUCAUUGAGUAUUUGUCUCUAACUCAUGCUCCAAUCUUUUGUGACAUGAAUUACAAAACAGUUUGAUACAACUGCGCACUGUUAUUGAUCGAGCACCUCACUAGCCACCCUAGGAUAAUUCUACAUGUCUGUGGAAGUGGGCAGGUCAUUACCAUUAUUGACGCAAAGAAUCACGAGACAGUGUUUUCUUAAGCCAAUAUGCUUGACUUUUUUAUUGAUGCAUAACUUUAUUAGACGUGAUUAUUCUUAUGCAUAUUUGUGUUUUAGUUACCUUUUUGUUAGAUGUGUAUUUUAGUAUUUGUAAGGAUGGCACCAGGCAGCUUGAGUGUUAUUUCCCGUCCUGAGAUGAGGUUGUUUGUAUCAGGCUUGUGAUGUGGUGUUCUGUGCUAUACUUUUUUUGACACAAUACACAAUACAAAACUGUUAUUCUGGAUGCUAGAAGCCAUUACUCUGGCGGUUUGUUUACAUUAAUGGCAUCACAAGAAUUCCGUUACCAUUUUGACUCUGUUACACUCAAAGGAGCAGUAGGCUACAUUUUGAGGAAAUUCCCCCUGCCCUAAGCACCUCUCAAACAGGGGAAAUAUUGUGAUAUUCCUGGUUGGCAGCUACAAACUAUCCAGUAUUGGUGUUUUUUUAUGAUAUUCCUGAUGUAAGUCACUUCGGAAAAUGUUCAUCUUUUGUAUAGCCUUGCUGAGCGUUCGCUAGAAUGUUUCCUUGGUGGAGCUGGCAUAUUCCUUAGCAGCUGUAUAUUGCUAGUUUCACCCCAUUCACCUUUACUCUUACCAUGGUUUGUCUGCACUGAAUAAUGUACUCGACGUCUAAUAGUACGUACAACAUGUGGGGCCAGAGCAACAGCAACACAGAGACUUCAUACCAUUGUGCACCAAGUGCCCACCUCUCAGGACAUCGUCCUUAAAGCAAGUCAGACUUAUUGCAUUGAAGUUAUAUCGUCUCCAAAUCUCUUGCAGUGUGCUACACAGUCUGCCAGUUUACUUUCACACUUGCAUGUCCUUACAUUAAUGGUCCCGAGCCGAAACGUCCCGAGCCGAGCAUGGCUCAGAUUUCGCUCCAUUCGUAUUAUAUUAGAAUAAAUCAAUAUAUCCUACUUAACUAUUAACCCUAUACUAAACAAUAUAUAUGAUAUAUCACACAUAUCGCGCUAAUCAGGAUCUUCACACUUAAUCAGAUAGAAGAGAGAAUCAGAUAAAUUGCCUCUCAUAAGGCCUAUGUAUUCCAGAAAGAAAUAGGCUAAUUCAACUUGCUCUGUCAUUGCUCUGUUAGCCCGCCUGACUUCAUGUCAGGCUACCCGGGGUGUACGUAUCACACAAGGGGACGGAGGGGGAGCUGACUAGAGUGAGUGAUGAUUGGACUAGGUUGUUCUGAGAUCCAGGCUAAAAACGACAGCAAGUUCCUUUAUCCUAAAACAAUUGACAAUUAUCCUAAAAAUAUAUAUUUGUAGUGUACUUUUCUCAUUGUUAAAUAAAUAACAAAAACCUUCCUGGCUCCAAAAGUGGAACGUUUUAAGAAGCGGUAAUGAACCGGUUGAAUGAAUAAAUAAAAAAGGUAAAAUGUACAACAUAUAAAAAAAGAAUGCUUAGUGUGAUUCAUUCUUUCUUUAUAUGUCUGGAGACCAUUAGUAUUCUCUGCUCCAACAACUCAACAUAACAGGUCGAUAUACAGAUACUAACAUAACAGUUUACAUACAUGGUUAUAUUUUACCGAUAUUAACACUACAGUUUACCAUACAUGGUUUUGUUUAACGGGAGGAAUAUUAUGUUUCGUAUGCACAUUGUUGUGUGUGUCUUUGUGUGUGACUUCUAUGCAGCUUUAAUAUCCCUAUAUUAUUUGCCAUUUCUAGCUUUCUAUUUUCUAUGUUUUGACUGAACAGCCCCUUUCUACCCUUGCUUCGAAAAGCCCUUCAUACAUUUCAUCACAUGUACUUAAAUUAUCUGCAUUUCAUUCUACCAUGAAUAAAAAAAUAAUUGAUUCUCGG